GAUGUAUGUCACAGUGCGCACACUCAGUAAAACGCAAUAGUAUAAUUUAAACCACAAUGAACAAAAUUUGGCAUCUUUUUCUUAUGGCUAGAAUUAAUCAUAACAAUUAUAUCCCUUCAAAAUGGAGAAAGCUGUACUUGAUAGAGUGUGGUGUCCAUAAUUUGAAAAGGGUAUAAUUUAAUGCCACACCGUACCGGCAGGUUAUUUAUUCAAGAUGGCUGCCCCUACGUUGUAGAAAGUAGCGAAACACUUUCGUCCGUAGGGUACGAUGAUGUAUCGUCUAUUGAACAUGUUUUGCACUUAGUCCAGUUGAAAUUACCAUGAACAGAAAUAUUUGAAUAAUAGAGAAGUUAUGUUUUGUUUUUAAGCCUGUAUGAACGAAACGUAAGUCUAUUCAUCAGACAACUCGUGAAGGCAAGUUUGAAGCUGUCCUGUCGAGGGCUUGGCUACGCUGCUACACCGUAAGCCUACGCGCACACGUAGGGCCCACUAACUUUCGACUGCUGCUGGUGCUAGUGCUUGACAGGACGUUUCGCGCUAUCAAAAUGGCUGAGCAAAGGUUAGAUGCUUCCAAAUUGCCGGUUCAUAUACGAGAGAAGUUGUCUGAAUUGGAGCAGGAACUAAAGGAAGGUGACAUCACUCACAAAGGUUACGAGAAAAAGAAACAUAAGCUCAUUGAGCCCUUCAUGCAUCAAUUGGAAGUUUCAGAGCAGGCAAGUGCUGCAGCUGCUGCUAAACGCAGUGGCAAAAGCCGCAGAUACGAACAUCAUGAACCAGAGAAUAGAUAUCGCUCAGAUGUUCGAGAGGAGGCCGUCAAGGUGGCCUUGGCAAAGCAUCGCGAGCGAGAAAUGCCCCUCCCUAUGCCGUCGAAACGUCAGUCUUUCCACACCAGUGCAGUCCCUAUUGAAACUCCACCAGAUUCCGACACAGAUGACGAUUCUCGUUCCUCGACCUCAUCGCUCAAUCGCCUGGGAGACCGGAAAAGUGGCAGUCGUCCAUCGUCGGCAGGGAGCUUCCGCCUGCCGGGCAUGGAGCCGGGCUUCAGCGAACUGGUGAAUCGGCAGGCGGCCAAUGGCCACCUCGGUAGGGGCGGGGCCAGGAGAUUAGAUGUGGCCAGCAGCAUGGCAAGUUCUCCUAUGCCGGUAGCCCAGCCCCCUCCCGACGUCACAACUAGCUCAGGGUACAUCGCUGCAAGACAAUUGGACGAUGAUGAAGAGGAGGACGAGCACGAUGGCGCAUCCUACAGGGCUCUGCCCAACAGCAAAGUGUCCGCCAAGAUCCAGCAACUGUUGAACACCCUGAAGAGACCCAAGCGGAAACCUCUGCAAGAGUUCUUCCAGGAAGACGACGAUGAGUUAGAAGUGACAGAAAUGGACCCGAAUGCUCCCAAACCGGAAGGAAACACAAUCACCCCAGCCAUUGGAGAACAACUCAGUAUACCAACAGGCUUGCCAAGGAAUCUGGAGUCUGCCUUGCAGCGCUAUGGCACCGCUCACCAGAAGGCCACCGUGGUCACAUCACUGGAUGCCAAUGGUAAAGUCAACUGCACUCUUACAUAUGGCAAGCUGCUGACAAGGGCCAACAAACUUGCUUUUUACUUGCUGCACAAAAUCGGCAGCAAAGGAGAGCCACAACUCAAGCCUGGAGACAGGGUUGCCCUUGUGUUUCCAAAUUCGGACCCGGCUGGUUUCAUUACGGCCAUGUACGGAUGCCUCAUUGCAGGCGUGGUACCCGUUGCCAUUGAUGUACCGUUGUCUCGAAAGGAUGCUGGCAGCCAGCAGAUAGGCUUUCUCCUGGGGAGCCUUGGCGUGACUGUUGCCUUGACCUCCACCAUCUGCCUGAAGGAGCUGCCCAAGACACAGCAAGGGGAGAUCAUCAGGUUCCGAGGAUGGCCUAAGAUGAACUGGCAAGUCAUAGAUCACCUGAGCAAACCCGCCAAGGAUUGGCAGGUGCCCCCACGCAUGGCGGAUGACGCACCUGCUUACAUUGAGUACACCAGUGACAAAGAUGGCAGCGUCAUGGGAGUCACUGUGACAAGGAAGGCUAUGCUGUACCAUUGUCGCACACUGACCGUGGCGUGCAACUUCUCUGAAUCUGAAACAAUGGUCAACGUGCUGGACUUCAAGAGAGACGUGGGUCUCUGGCAUAGCAUACUAGCUAGUGUGUUCAAUGGAAUGCACGUCAUCUUUGUGCCGUACUCUCUGAUGAAAGUGAAUCCCGCGUCCUGGAUGCACAUGGUCACAAAAUACAAAGCCUCUCUGGCCGUGGUCAAGUCUCGGGAUAUGCACUGGGGCUUGAUGGCCCAGAAGGAGCACAAGGACAUCAAUCUAAGCAACCUGCGCAUGCUGCUUGUGGCUGAUGGGGCUAACCCAUGGUCCCUGUCCUCCUGCGAUGCAUUCCUGAGUACCUUCCAGAGUCGGGGCCUGAAACCUGAGGUCAUGUGCCCCUGUGCCUGCGCCCCAGAAGCACUGACCGUGUCCCUGCGAAGGCCGGGCAAGACCGGGAGCACGGCCUCAGGUCGUGGUGUGCUGUCGAUGGCGGGACUGAGCUAUGGCGUCGUUCGGGUUGACACCGACGACAAGUUGACCUCACUGACUCUGCAAGAUGUUGGAGUUGUCAUGCCAGGAUCUGCCAUGGUUGUGGUCAAGGUGGAUGGGCCACCAGUGCUGUGCAAGACAGAUGAGAUCGGGGAGCUGUGCGUUGCCUCGGAAGCCGUCGGAACCUCCUACUGGGGGCUGAGGGGAAAGACUAACACAACAUUCAAUGUCAUUCCACUCGGGGAUGAUGGGAGUGAAGUCAGCAGUGAGCGUUUUGUCAGAACUGGUCUGCUGGGCUUCCUAGGACCUGGCGGUUUGGUGUUCGUGUGUGGCAAGGUGGACGGACUGAUGGUGUGCGGAGGAAGGAGACACAACACAGAUGACAUCAUCGCCACCGUCCUGGCCGUGGAGCCCAUGAAGUUCAUCUUCAGGGGGAGGAUUGCUGUAUUCUCCAUCAAGGUUUUGAGAGACGAACGAGUGAUCAUCAUAGCUGAACAGAGACCAGAGGCCACCGAAGAAGAGUGUUUCCAGUGGAUGAGUCGUGUCCUGCAAGCCAUAGACAGCAUUCACCAGGUUGGCGUGUACUGCUUGGCGCUGGUCCCUCCCAACUCACUCCCAAAGACCCCACUUGGAGGGAUUCACCUUUCUGACACAAAGCACCGAUUUCUAGAAGGGUCUCUCCACCCUACCAACGUCUUGAUGUGUCCCCACACUUGUGUGACCAAUCUACCCAAGCCCCGGACCAAGCCGGGUGACAUCGGCCCGGCCUCGGUCAUGAUGGGCAACCUGGUGGCCGGGUCCCGCAUAGCCGGAGCAUCGGGUCGUGACAUUGGAACACUGGAUGACGAGAAUGAUGCUGCUAAGAAGUAUCAGUUCUUGUCUGAGGUGUUGAAAUGGCGUGCCCAAAGUACCCCUGACCACGUACUCUUCACUCUUCUCAACAAUAAGGGUGCAGUAUCGCUGGCCCUGACCUGCAGCCAGCUCCACAAGAAAGCCGAGAAGAUUGGAGCUCUGCUCCAGGAGAAGGGACGCAUCAACACGGGUGACCACGUGGCCUUAAUCUUCCCCCCUGGCGUGGACCUCAUUGCUGCCUUUUACGGCUGUCUCUACAUUGGUGCUGUUCCCGUGACUGUGCGGCCCCCUCACCCCCAGAACCUUGUGACGACUCUGCCCACGGUGCGCAUGAUUGUGGAAGUCAGCAAGUCCAUUGCAGUGUUGUCCACAGCCGCUAUCAUCAAACUCCUGAAGUCAAAGGAGGCAAUGGGCACAGUUGAUGUCAAGACCUGGCCCCAGCUUCUAGACAUGGAUGACCUGCCCAAGAAGAAACUGGGCGGUACGUACAGGGCUCCCACCGCCGAGAUGAUGUGUUACCUUGACUUUAGUGUGUCGACCACAGGGAUGCUGGCUGGUGUCAAGAUGUCCCACGCCUCAGCCAGUGCAGUGUGCCGCUCCCAGAAGCUUGCCUGCGAGCUCUACCCAUCCAGGGUAGUCUGCCUGUGUCUGGACCCUUACAGUGGCCUGGGCUUUGUCCUUUGGGUACUCACUAGUGUGUAUUCGGGACAUCAGUCAAUCCUAAUUCCACCUGCUGAGAUAGAAACGAACCCUUCUCUUUGGUUGAGUGCACUCAGUCAGCAUAAGGUGAGGGACACGUUCUGCUCCUACUCGGUUCUGGAGCUUUGCACCAAAGGAUUGGGCCAAUCUACCGGAGCGCUCAAGGCCAAAGGGAUCAACCUGUCAGCCGUGCGGACCUGCGUCAUUGUGGCCGAGGAGAGGCCUAGGAUUGCGCUGACCAACUCCUUCUCCAAGCUGUUCCGCAGCCUGGGGCUCUCUGCCCGAGCUGUCAGCACCUCAUUCGGCUGCCGAGUCAAUGUUGCCAUUGGACUUCAGGGAGCCUCAAGUCCAGACCCAACCCAGGUGUACUGUGACACGAGGGCACUACGUAACGAUAGAGUGACCAUCGUUGAGAAGGGGAGUCCGCAGAGUGUGUGCCUUAUGGAAUCUGGCAAGAUUUUACCGGGGGUGAAGGUUGUGAUUGCCCACCCAGAAACCAUGGGGCAGUGCGCUGACUCUCAUCUGGGAGAGAUCUGGGUCAACAGUCCACACAACUCCUGCGGCUACUACACCAUUUACGGUGAUGACUCACUACGCAAUGACCACUUCAACGCCAGACUGAUGACUGGAGACACACAAACGAUGUACGCCAGGACAGGCUACCUGGGCUUCAUCAAGAGGACUGACCUGACUCAGGCCGACGGAGAUCGGCACGAUGCUCUGUUUGUGGUUGGUUCCCUGGACGAGACACUGAUGAUGCGUGGUAUGAGGUACCAUCCAAUUGACAUUGAGAACACAGUCCUCCGAUGCCACAAGAAUGUCUGCGAAUGCGCCGUCUUCACCUGGACCAACCUGCUGGUGGUGGUGGUGGAGCUGGACGGCAAGGAGUCGGAGGCCCUGGACCUGGUGCCCCUGGUCACCAAUGCCGUACUGGAGGAGCACUACCUGAUCGUGGGCGUGGUAGUGAUGGUGGACCCAGGCAUCAUCCCCAUCAACUCCCGGGGGGAGAAGCAGCGCAUGCACCUGCGUGACGGCUUCCUGGCUGACCAGCUGGACCCCAUCUACGUAGCCUACAACAUGUAAAUGCAGCUGCACCCCAACAGAACGGUCAGUCCCAAGAUCCCCAAGCCACCAUCGAUCUUCUUCCAAGUCAGUAGUGCAAAGAACGAGUCUGCACAGUAGACAGUAGAGUUUUCCAAACCUAUCCCUUUUAGGUCUUUCAGAAUGCACCAUUAGAUUUCAGGAUAGAGGAAGGCAGAGACCAGCUACUGUAUGCUAAGCUCAAAGUCUUUUGAAAGUUUAAGUGAAGCCUGUGCUGUUGGGCUCCUUAUCAAAGGUGUUUUUUAAGUAUUUGGAUCGAGUUACAAGCAGAUAUUCUGGGAAGUUGGUGCUAAAGUGAAGUGCUUAAUCAACAGACACCCCUGAGCCUAAUGGACUCGACCACAUCUGCAAGCCACACCUGCAGAGAAAUUCGAACAAAAUGUUGACAGCAGUUUUACACCAACCUCAUUUUUUGCAUUUGUAUUCCUUUUCAUGCAAGGCCAAGGAAGAUGAACUGGUGCAGUCAAUCCUCAUUUACACCCUGACUGUGGACACAAAGUAUUAGCGGUUUUAAGCCAGUGGAUUUUGGAUGUUCACACACAUGUGGAGAAGGUGCACGUAGACCCAAACGUACAUUUUCGCGUAAUUUCAGACAUGCAUGCAGCAUGCAUACCCCCAUUCUUCAUUGUGUGCAAGGUGACUUCAAGAGUGCGUGUUCAUGACAGAAGCACUCUCAGGAUCGUAAACUGACAGCCAGUUUGUUAAUGGGGCCGCAUCAAUGAGUCUUCUUACGCAAACGUCUCAUAAAGAUUUUCAGUGUGUGCCAGAUGGCGUAGUAUAGUGCAGGUAGAGAUUUGAAGACAAGUGGACCAGGAAUUUGUCAAUAUUUUCCCAUCUAUUUCUGACCCCUGAAAUACAGUGAGUUGAUGCCUGAACCAUGUACACAUCGACAUUUGUGUGAUAAUUGUCUCUCAAGUCUUUCUUGCAUUAGAUGUGGUACGAUAAUUCCUUUUAUCCGAAUGCUCUAUUAAUUACAACUGUUCCCAGUUAGCGUAUAAUGUCUUAACUUUAGGCACUUUGCUUCAUGUGUUAUCAGCAGGCGUUGUCUUCAGGGGAGUGUAUCUGGUGACCGCGAAAUCAGAUUGUAUACAAUUAAUGAAUUAUAAACAUUAAAUGAACUAGAUUUUUUUUAGACGGGAGACCCUCUCUUCCAUAUAAAAAAAUGAAAUGAUGCAAAUUCAGUCUAAGUUGAGUCGUUUGAUGACAGAAUUGUCUUUGUCCAAAGUGAAUGAGAGUUGUGUGUGUGUACACUGAUGACAAGACUUCUUUGGAGAGUAGUUAAAGAAUACUUGCUGGCUUGUUGAUUAAUCACUUCAUAAUGUGGCAAGUUUGUAUUGCGAUUCUUGUAAGAUAGCAUUAAGGAUUAAGAACUAAGUCGUAAAUGUGGCAACAGAUUUAGAUAUACAGGUUCUAAAUUGAAAUUUUUAGGUUCACAUUCUAAGAGAUUGCCUUUAUUGUGUAUAUUGGGGGAAAAUGAUAAAUGGGCCAGUUUUUUAGGGGCAUGUUGAGAAGUGUUUCACUGCAAAAUUGUCUGAACUUUUCCCUAUCAUCUUCAUAUGAAUUGAAUCACAUUUUCUAAAAGAUUUCUGAUAUUGUUGAAAUCACUGAAUUUCCUAAUCAUGAAAAUAAUAUUAAACUUUUGCAAGAAUAAAGUACCUACCGCGAAUUAGAUUAUACAUAUACCCCCCCCCUUUCCUUGACAAAACACCGGUCAAGACUUGCACCUGUGUUUAACGUGUAAAAAUGUUGGCUAGCGGUUAAUGUUAAUAGUGAGGUUUAUAACGAUAUAUGUGUAUUCUGGUCCCACGACCUGGCCUAUGAUUUUUGUUCGAUAAGCCUGUAUUGGCAUUGCUAGAUGGAAAAAAAUACAACUAUAUGCAUGAUUUAAGAGAAAAUAAUAGACUUGCUUGCAGCAGUGUAUGGUUCUCCGUGUAAAGCCAAGACGUGUACAUAGCUAGAGGAACUGUACCAGAGGUAAUGAGACGGACGUACCUUUGAAACGUUUGUAGGAAUGGACAGUUGUAAGGCAAACUCUAACGCAGGAGAAAAAGUCUUACACACGAUGCUGAUUUAUCCAGGUUUUGAUUUAUUAUUUCAGUGUAGCUCGAGUGGGCGGAUAUUAGCAGAUUAAGAUUUUGUGUAAAAGGACAAAAUAUACAACACAGACGUAAGUUCUCCUGGCCCUUGAAGGUUAGUGUGAAUACAUGUAUUUUGGAAUGGAUUUAGUUGUGGUCAAGAUAGCAACGUAGCGUUAAUUUUAACGUUUGAUAUGGUUCCUAUGAAUCGUGAUGGCUAAAUUGGCUAUGCAGAAUUAGAAACGGAUUCGGUGCGUAUUGAUCACUAGAAUAGGAUCCCUUUUUCUUUUUUGAUCAGUUGUUUGGUUUUUUUGGGGGGUAGUUUGUCAAUACAUAACUUAGUGAUGGAAGCAAAACGCAACUUGUUUGAGAUUUAUAAGUUCGGUUCGAGGAAUGGCGAAAACGGCUCUGGAACUCAAAGACUAAUUAGGGAAAGGGGCAUUAGCUGUAUGAAAGACUGACUAAAUGUACAUGUGCAUUGGCUGAGUUAGGGUUAGUAGUUAAUUGGUUGUCAGAAACAGCGCACCUGUAUUCACCCGUCGUGUCAGGUUUUUAAUUCUUUAGAAUCAGGGUCUCCAAUUAAUCCAUUCAAGCUGGUCAGAAUCGGACUCGACCAAUACAAGGUACCUGGAAACAAAAUUAUCACAUAAUUAAAAGUAUCCUUGUCACGGCAGAGGUACAUUCUUGCAUUGGUUAGUUUGUUGCGUUCUAUGGGAAAAAAGUGACAAGAUGAGAUUGAAGUGAUUGAUCGUCGGUGUCCGUCCCUCUGCAGUCUUCAUCGCUUUUUGUCAACUUUCAAGAUGCUUAUUUCAGCUCAUAGUUUCUCAUGUGUCCGGAGAUUCCGUGGGUACAAAAAAAUUACGAAACGCACAACUUCCGUUAUAUUGUAAAUUAAAAUAUAGCUUCAGGGUUUUACGUUCCACAUUUGCGUUGCAUAGUGGUCCAGAGCAGUCACUUCCCUCUGUGCAGUGCUGUGCAAGAGUGUCUGCUCUGCAAAUACUUAUUGCUUUAGAAACCGACACGUGACUACUAGUAGGUACGUUGCAUGAAGUUUGUUCUCACUCGUCAAUGGACUUUAACUGCGUAGACCUUUUUCACCCACGAAUAAAUGUAAACAAUACCACCACGUGUGGACCGCCUUGGCCACGGUGAUCGCACCUAAUUCCUACGGGCAGCUUCAACCACGUGCAAGCGCACGUGCAAACGCUGAAUGCUUGACUACUUUAUCUUGAAUAGAUAGAUUACCAUCGCAACAUUAUGCACUCAUAACCAUUACAACACAUCGCAGUCCAGUACGAUCGUGACAUCACUGGAAAAAGGUGUAUACGUUCCUAGAGAAUGCGUUGAUUGUCGAGUUUACACCAUUCGAACCUUAUUCAUGUUGGGGCCAAAUUCAUAAAGAUGCCGUCUUUCUGUAAUCACAUUUGUGGAAAACAAUCGUCGGCUGGACUCCGUUAACAGUCAACUGCAAGUACAGAACCGGUUUUACCUUUUAUUUCUGUGACUUGCUUCCCAAAUGUAUUAAUUACCGGUACGUUGAUAUAUUAAUUUGUCUUAUGCAAGUGUUUUGUCGGAUUUAAGGGUAUGAAGUUUGGUUACUCACUCUUGAUCAGCUGUGCUGAUCAUGCUUAAAACUUAUCAACGAGGCUCUCAGUUUAGGUGUAUUCCUGUUUUUCUAUUAAAAGCGCUUGUAAGUAAUCUUCCAAAUAAGUGAUUAUGAGAUCACUUUAACCGUUACCGUAUCGUUCGGUAAUUAAGACGACAUGGAAUUCUGGAACUUCAUCCUUUGGGAUUUGAGAAUUUUCCUUGCCACUUUUCCCCUAUGAUUCGAGGUAACACCUGACUGAAUUUUACGCCAAUCGGCUUGCGUGCAUAUUGCUCCUGAUACGCCAGUUAAUGUGUAAUAAUGACUAUAUGCUACAAGUAUUGCCAAGUAUCGGAGGCAAUAAUGUGUCGGAGUUUGGUGUUGCAACGGCAUUUAUUGGCUUCCGUUCCGGCUUUGAUAACCAUCAUUUUGAGUGGCUGCUGCUAGUUGGAUUGCAGGUUGAAAAAAAAAACGACUAAAUUCACAAGAGUUAGCGUCGAGCCUCAUGAAUAUUCCUUCUGUGCAGAGGAUGUACAAAAUAUUAUGUGAAUGUUUGUAUAGUUUGGUUUAGAAAAUUGAUUUAAAGACGGAAGUAGGGUUUCUUUUUCAUUAUUUAAAUGGGCGACUGUAGCUGCUACAAUUAUGCUAAAUUUUGUAAAGUGAAAUUAAAAAGUACGGUGUCCUUUCUUGACAACGAAAGGUGCUUUGGUGUGCAGCAUGUAGAUUGAAAAUAGAUCCCUUCAAAUAAAUGCAUUCUUAGGUCUUCAAAAGAUAACAAGCUGUUGUGAUUUCUUAGUGUGGCUGACAGGUUUUCUGACUUAUAACCAUCCUCUCUAGAGCCGAGCAGUCACAUUUAUAGCGAGAACAGUAAUAGUUGGGUUAAAUGUGAUAUUUUGUCGUUUGCCAUAUGUUGUAACUGAAUAAAAGGAAAAGCUGUGUUGAGCGUUGCAUUGCCUUUGGAACAUGCCGCAAAAAAGUUGUUGAUGCCACUAGAGGUACGGCUAGAACUAAAAAUCCGCUUUUGCUCCCCUGUUUUAAUCCAGGGUUGCUCUUUUGCUCUCGUGUUUUGGCUUUUCUUGGGUUCAAGGUGAAUGUAAAGCUAGCUUAUAGGAAACCCUUACAACGAGAAUACUUGUCAAGAGUUUUAAUCAAGUAUCAUAACUUUCGUUCAUAAGAAGAAUAUUCAACUUUGCCAAUCUAAGAUCGGGCAUUUUUGAAAGAUGUAAUAUAGAUAAUAAACCAGAUAAUGUUAUUAAUUUUUAUUGGUAAAUAUUGUUGCAUUUAAAGAUGUUAAGGUUUGCGGUACAUAAUAUUCGUUAAAUGGAGGCUAGUUGAAUUCAAUAAAAGCUUGGCUUAACAUUAACUAAUA